GACUUUGUCCAGAGACGGCCGUAUUCGAGUCAUCGACAGGACGACUCAACCACUCUUCGGCCCAUGAAUUCCGAUUGCUCAUUGUGCUUGUGAAUGAUAGAACGAUCAAUUGAACUGACAGCGCUGAGUGUUUAUUCGAUUGCGGGCUUGACGCGGGAAGCAUUCAUCAGCAUCUAUCUAUCUACUUCGAUCUAUCGAGUUCCUAAAGACUGGAGGAUAACCGGAUAUCGACAUGGCGGGAAACUCAUCGGGCAUCGAGGCUGUGGUUGGAGCGCCGCUGUCACCGCAAAUGAUUGCUCUUUUCCGAGAAGCUAUGCAUUUCGACUCCCUCGAGAAAAAAGACGUCGCUGUACAUUCAUUCGUCGUUUUCGGAGCAUCGGGCGAUCUCGCGAAGAAGAAGAUCUAUCCUACCCUAUGGGCUCUGUUCCGAGAUAAUCUCCUCCCAGUCGGUACCAAAAUCGUCGGAUAUGCUCGCACCUCCCUGACGAUGCAGCAAUUGGAGGACAAAAUCCGACCUUACAUUAAGCUGCGCGAAAGUGACGAAACGAAGUUCGUGGAAUUCCUUUCUUCGAACAGCUAUGUCGCCGGAGGCUACGAUGACGCUUCACCAUUCGAGAAUCUUCAAGCACAGCUCACCGCCCUGGAAGACACCACAGUGGUAGCCAAUAGGCUAUUUUACCUUGCGCUGCCACCGACGGUUUUCCAGCCCGUGUCGAAAAUGGUCAAACAAUUCUGUAUGAGCAAGAGCGGCUGGUCUCGCAUAAUAAUCGAAAAACCAUUCGGGAGAGACCUGAGUUCGUCAGCUGAAUUGUCCAGACAUCUCGCGUCGCUCUUCAAAGAAGAUCAGAUUUAUAGAAUCGAUCACUACCUUGGCAAAGAAAUGGUGCAGAAUCUCAUCACACUGCGAUUCGCGAACCGGAUUUUCAGUCCCACUUGGAACAGGUGA